UUACUCUGUCUACUCUCACGUUUGUUCCCUCUAUCCUCCCGAACCUCUCUCCGCUCUCUCAGCUGGGCUCCAAACGGCCCAACUUUUCCACCCUGUCUGCCUAAACUGCACCACCUAUCCUUCCAAGAAGUACCACCGUGGAAUUGACCUCCUCCUGGUUCUGCUUCUGAAGAAUUUAAACUCAAACCCUUUACUCUAAAUAUGGAAAUGGAGAAGAUCGCAAAUGGGAUUAACCACGAUGGGACAAUGGAGGCAGGAAUACAACCAGAGGAAGAAAAGUUCCUGCAGCACAAAGACAAUGAUUUAAAGAGGCCACAGUUCACAGAUCAUAGAUUCGGCAAGGUUCUGGAAACAUUCCCCAGAGAAUCUGGUCCAUAUGGACAUGAUGGCAUCACGCAGGUCCUGUGAGAUGCAUCAUACUUUAGGAAAUAAUCUGCUGAAGGAUUGUGAUUUUGUUUUGUUUCUUUCGCUUUUAGUUUGAAGGGAAAACCUCCUUUGGGAUGUCUAUUUUCAACUUAAGCAAUGCCAUCAUGGGCAGUGGCAUCUUGGGGCUGGCUUAUGCAAUGUCAAACACUGGCAUUGUCCUUUUUCUGAUCCUGCUUACAUGUAUUGCCUGUUUAUCUUGUUAUUCAAUCCACCUUCUGCUUCGAAGUGCUGGAGUGGUGGGGAUCCGUGCCUAUGAGCAGCUAGGCCAGAGAGCUUUUGGACAUCCAGGAAAGAUCCUAGCGGCUGUCAUCAUAACACUCCACAACAUUGGGGCCAUGUCCAGCUACUUAUUCAUUGUAAAAUCUGAGUUACCACUGGUCAUUCAAGCCUUUCUUGGACAAACAUCUAUCACUGAGAACUGGUUUAUGAAUGGAAACUACCUGAUCAUUAUUGUCACCAUCUGCGUCAUCUUCCCACUGGCCACAAUGAAACAUUUGGGAUAUCUCGGCUAUACAAGUGGCUUCUCUCUUUCCUGCAUGGUCUUCUUCCUCUCUGCGGUCAUCUACAAGAAGUUUAACAUUCCUUGCCCGCUGGAGACAUUCGGUAACUUCUCUGCGACCGCACCCGUCUCUGACGACACCUGCGUGGCCAAAUACUUCACCGUCAACCACGAGACAGCGUAUACCAUCCCCAUCCUGGCAUUUGCGUUUGUAUGUCACCCUGAAGUGCUUCCUGUCUACACAGAGCUGAGCAAUCCAACCAAGAGAAGAAUGCAGACCAUUGGAAAUGUUUCCAUCUUCGGGAUGUUCAUCAUGUAUUUCUUCACGGCUAUAUUUGGCUACCUGACCUUCUACGGAGGCACGGAAGCUGAGCUCCUCCACACCUACAGCAUGGUGGAUCCUCUGGACACGCUGAUCCUGUGUGUGCGACUGGCCGUGCUGGUGGCCGUCACACUCACUGUACCCGUUGUCUUGUUUCCGAUUCGUCGCGCGCUCCUGCAGCUGCUGUUCCCAGAAAAACCCUUCCGCUGGUUACGUCACAUCGCCAUCGCUGUGUGCCUGCUGUUCGUCGUGAACCUGCUGGUCAUCUUUGUUCCCAACAUUCGAGACAUUUUUGGGAUUACAGGGGCGACCACUGCUCCCACCCUGAUCUUCAUCCUUCCUGGGAUCUUCUACAUUCGAAUCAUUCCCAAAAACCAGGAGCCCAUGAGAUCCAGGCCAAAGAUCCAGGCUGCUUGUUUCACCACUUUGGGUUUGAUCUUCAUGGUCAUGAGUCUGACCUUCAUCAUACUUGAUUGGAUAAGCGGAGAAAAGCGAAGUCUCGGCGGCCAUUAACACGUUCCCUCCCUGACCUUUAACUUGUUGCUGUGUCCCCCUCUUCCAGGACUCUUAAAGAAAACUAAUUUUUCAUCUAAAGAUGAAAACGUCUGUGAGACUGACAUUAUUCUGGUUAGUACUGGCUGUUCCUCCACUGUGACAAGCAGAAAAUUUCAACCCUGAUGCUGGGAUAAUGUUUGCUGCACGUGUUUAACUCGCACGAUUUCCGACAAACCCUCAACCACAGAAAGCUCAGCGCUUUUCCUGAGGCUAAACGUGGCGUUUUAUUAGCAACGGUUUUAAAAGUAAAACUCUACGACAAAAAACGGGGAGCGAUCUUCUUUUCUUUUUUUUUUCUGAUGACGUUUCAUGAUGAAAAUGAGCUUAUUUACAGAAUGAUUGUGAAAUCAAUCCAAGAUGGUGUUUAAAACUUGGCGGACCUUAAGGUAAUCUGAGAAAAGGGCGAUCUUAGGUCAAUGCAUUUGCUCUUAUCAACCUGUGAAGAACUCAAUGUUUUUGUUUUGUAAUUCUGUAGAAAAAGACAUAAAACACUACAAGAAAACUGUCUAUGAGCCAAAAAUUAAAAACCCUUAAAGAACUGUGAA